UCAAAUCGGUUUUCGUGACUUGGUCGCUCCUCCUCUCUCCAUCGUUUCUAGCAAGCUAGCUAGAUAACUAGGAGAGCUACCUUGAAGUGUGGGAGACUCAAAGUGGAUAAGGGGAAACAGGCUGACGGAAAAUGGCAGAGAUCGAGGGAGAGGGAAUUAAUUCGGUGGCACCUCCGUUAGUUCAGCCACCCUCUCGUAACUGCUCCGGUGUCAGCCCAACGCAGGGCACCGGCAGUUGCCAAACGGUGACUACCGUUACGUCAGGCCCGCGACUGGUGCGGAUAGUCAAGUCUGACUCGGGAUAUGGCUUCAAUGUCCGGGGACAGGUUAGCGAAGGAGGACAACUACGGAGCAUCAACGGGGAAUUGUAUGCCCCGCUACAGCAUGUUAGUGCUGUUUUACCGGGAGGUGCAGCGGACAGAGCCGGUAUCUCGAAAGGGGACCGGAUUCUGGAAGUUAAUAGUGUGAACGUGGAGGGGGCGACCCAUAAGCAGGUGGUGGAUCUGAUCCGUGCGGGGGAGAGGGAGCUGAUGCUGGCCGUGCUGUCUGUACCUCCCCAGGAGGCUGACUGUCUGGACCCUGGAGACGACGGCUCAGCCCAGUCCUGCUACGACUACAGUGACAAACAGGCCGUCCCCAUCUCCGUCCCCACAUACAAACACGCUGAACUCAACCAGGAGAGGUUUGUGGUGUAUAAUGUGUACAUGGCAGGCAGACAGCUGUGCUCUAAGAGGUACAGGGAGUUUGCUAUCCUCAACCAGAACCUGAAGAGAGAGUUUGCCAACUACACCUUCCCCAAAAUACCUGGCAAAUGGCCUUUUUCCCUGUCUGAACAACAACUAGACGCUAGACGCAGGGGACUGGAGGAAUACCUGGAGAAAGUGUGUUCAGUGAGGGUGUUUGGGGAGAGUGAUGUCAUGCAGGAGUUUCUGUCUGACGAGUCUGAUGAGAACUAUAACGGCGUAUCAGAUGUGGAGUUGAGGAUAGCCAUGCCUGAUAAAACCACCGUCACAGUCCGAGUCCGCAAGAACUGUACAACUGACCAGGUCUACCAGGCAGUGGUCAUGACAGUAGGGAUGGACAGCAUAACGGCCAGCUACUUUGCUCUGUUUGAGGUCAUCAACCACUCCUUUGUGCGUAAACUGGCUCCUAAUGAGUUCCCCCACAAGCUGUAUGUUCAGAACUACACGUCUGCUGUCCCUGGGACCUGCCUCACCCUGCGCAAGUGGCUCUUCACCACCGAGGAAGAGAUCCUGCUCAAUGACAACCAACUGGCCGUCAGCUACUGCUUCCACCAGGCGGUGGAUGAUGUGAAAAGGGGAUUUAUCAAGGCAGAGGAGAAGUCCUACCAGCUACAGAAAUUAGCAGAACAGAAGAAGAUGGCCAUGUAUCUCAGUAUGUUACGGGGCUGUGAAGGCUACAAUGAGAUCAUCUUCCCACACUGCUCCUGUGACUCCCGACGCAAAGGCCACGUCGUCACAGCCAUCAGCAUACACCACUUUAAACUGCACGCCUGCACAGAGGAGGGAACGCUAGAGAACCAGGUGAUCGUGUUUGAGUGGGUGGAGAUGCAGCACUGGGACACUGAUGAGGAGGGCAUGGCCUUCUGCUUCCAGUACGCCAGGGCAGAGAAGAAACCUCGCUGGGUCAAGAUCUUUACUCCCUACUUCAACUACCUGCAUGAGUGCGUUGAGAGAGUCUUCUGUGAACUCAAGUGGAGGAAAGAGGUGGAAGAGGAGGCUGUGGAUAAGGACAAUAAGAACUGCAGUAAAGAAGGUAUGUGUAGCAAGAAUAUCUUCCAGCUGUUGAGACACAGAAGGGAUGGAGGCACCUAGGAGGAGAGAUCAUCACCUCAUAAACAUGCUCUCCUCCAUCCGUCCCUCUGGUCUGGUUCGGCCCGGAACUACCACCACUACCUGUCCUCACACAACUACUACUACACCAACUACAACUUCUACAUACCAUUAACAGCAACUACAGAUCAACAACCACCACACACCAUCAAACUACAAAUGAACAACUUCUGGACUGACUGAAGGAGAAACAAUGACGCACACUACAACUUAAGCUGUUAUUCACCAUGAACCCUUGAAUACACCCCAAGCACACAAUAUAAACACAAGCCAACAGGAAGCUACAGUAGAAACAUAUAGCAGGUUUGUACAGGUGAAUAACUAACUCUAAAAACGUAGAUACAUGCCUUCAUACAUCGCAUCACCUCUUUGGUCAAAACUCCAUGGAGACCUGUGACUGUUGGCUAAGGAGGCUAACGUCUUGUGGUGGGCCUGGAUGAAGGAGAUGGUUCUCUGGGACGAUAUUGGACAAGGGAUUUGACACGUGCAAGGCCAUUGGGUGCUCUGGACUGGAACAGAGUGCAGUGGUAGAAGAGAACAAAAGAGGGAUACAGAUGCUGGAACAGAACCUGUUCUAAAAGAGAAAACGGCUGGUGGUGAUGGAACAGAACCUGUUCUAAAAGAGGAAACGGCUGGUGGUGAUGGAACAGAACCUGUUCUAAAAGAGGAAACGGCUGGUGGUGAUGGAACAGAACCUGUUCUAAAAGAGGAAAUGGCUCGUGGUGAUGGAACAGAACCUGUUCUAAAAGAGGAAAUGGCUCGUGGUGAUGGAACAGAACCUGUUCUAAAAGAGGAAAUGGCUCGUGGUGAUGGAACAGAACCUGUUCUAAAAGAGGAAACGGCUGGUGGUGAUGGAACAGAACCUGUUCUAAAAGAGGAAAUGGCUCGUGGUGAUGGAACAGAACCUGUUCUAAAAGAGGAAAUGGCUCGUGGUGAUGGAACAGAACCUGUUCUAAAAGAGGAAAUGGCUCGUGGUGAUGGAACAGAACCUGUUCUAAAAGAGGAAAUGGGUAGUGGUGAUGGAACAGAACCUGUUCUAAAAGAGGAAAUGGCUCGUGGUGAUGGAACAGAACCUGUUCUAAAAGAGGAAAUGGCUGGUGGUGAUGGAACAGAACCUGUUCUAAAAGAGGAAAUGGCUCGUGGUGAUGGAACAGAACCUGUUCUAAAAGAGGAAACGGCUGGUGGUGAUGGAACAGAACCUGUUCUAAAAGAGGAAAUGGCUGGUGGUGAUGGAACAGAACCUGUUCUAAAAGAGGAAAUGGCUAGUGGUGAUGGAACAGAACCUGUUCUAAAAGAGGAAAUGGCUCGUGGUGAUGGAACAGAACCUGUUCUAAAAGAGGAAAUGGCUCGUGGUGAUGGAACAGAACCUGUUCUAAAAGAGGAAAUGGCUCGUGGUGAUGGAACAGAACCUGUUCUAAAAGAGGAAAUGGCUGGUGGUGAUGGACUGAGGAGACGCAUCUGAAAAGUUCUAAAACAGGAAGUGUGUGUGUGUGUGUGUGUGUGUGUGUGUGUGUGUGUGUGUGUGUGUGUGUGUGUGUGUGUGUGUGUGUGUGUGUGUGUGUGUGUGUGUGGACUGAUUAUGGACAGCUGUGAGAGUCUAGGUUGGAACCCUGGAGGUAGAAACAACCCUUCUCUCUGACUCUGAACUGAACUCCCAGAAUGAGUCUCGACAGACAGACGGAGGGAACCGGCCACAUGAUACAAGAGACUGGACUCAUAUGAACCACACAGACCGAUUGACAUAUGGAUAUUAUCUCCUGUUUGUAGCCACUAUCUCCAUUUCAAAGAGAUCUACUGAAGAGACUAUUACAGACACAGAGAGAGAAAAACCAUACAUUUCCUUUAUUUGUGACUAUUGGGCCGAGCAGAACCAAGGUAGCAUGUGUGUUUCAGCUGCUGGUUCUGUUUCGGUUUACAGAUGCUGAAAUUGCCCUGAAGCCAUUUUUGAAUACACAAACCUUCUUAUUAAAAAAACACACACACACAGAAUGCUCAUCAUGUAGGAAUUGGAUCCCAGGAAAGUAUUCUGCCAUUUUGACAGAUACCUGAACAAGGAACAUGUUUACUUCACCUGUGUGUUUUGUGUACCUCCUAAAGACAUAUAAAUAUCAUUUUUAAUGUGGACAUUUCAGAGAUUGGACAGAAUAGCACAAAAAGAACCCUGUAAGAUGUUGACCACGUUAAGCUCAAUAUGUAUUCAUUCUAUGCUAAGUUUUCUGUUCUGCUGAUGCCUAACUGUGGGUUCAUAACACUGAACUCAGAAGUGCAUCUCGAUUUACAUGUUUUGUGUCUUUCUGUUCUUGAGAAAAGGUGUGAUGCUUUAGAAACACACUGUGAUUGUCAGUCUGUAGGAUAUGUCUAUGUGUUGGUUUAGGUGAGUCUUUGGUUCAAUUGAUACAGUGUCUUGCGAAAGUAUUCGGCCCCCUUGAACUUCGACCUUUUGCCACAUUUCAGGCUUUAAACAUAAAGAUAUAAAACUGUAUUUUUUUGUGAAGAAUCAACAACAAGUGGGACACAAUCAUGAAGUGGAACGACAUUUAUUGGAUAUUUCAAACUUUUUUAACAAAUCAAAAACUGGGCGUGCAAAAUUAUUCAGCCCCUUUACUUUCAGUGCAGCAAACUCUCUCCAGAAGUAAAGUGAGGAUCUCUGAAUGAUCCAAUGUUGACCUAAAUGACUAAUGAUGAUAAAUACAAUCCACCUGUGUGUAAUCAAGUCUCUGUAUAAAUGCACCUGCACUGUGAUAGUCUCAGAGGUCCGUUAAAAGCACAGAGAGUUUCAUGAAGAACAAGGAACACACCAGGCAGGUCCGAGAUACUGUUGUGAAGAAGUUUAAAGCCGGAUUUGGAUACAAAAAGAUUUCCCAAGCUUUAAACAUCCCAAGGAGCACUGUGCAAGCGAUAAUAUUGAAAUGGAAGGAGUAUCAGACCACUGCAAAUCUACCAAGACCUGGCCGUCCCUCUAAACUUUCAGCUCAUACAAGGAGAAGACUGAUCAGAGAUGCAGCCAAGAGGCCCAUGAUCACUCUGGAUGAACUGCAGAGAUCUACAGCUGAGGUGGGAGACUCUGUCCAUAGGACAACAAUCAGUCGUAUAUUGCACAAAUCUGGCCUUUAUGGAAGAGUGGCAAGAAGAAAGCCAUUUCUUAAAGAUAUCCAUAAAAAGUGUUGUUUAAAGUUUGCCACAAGCCACCUGGGAGACACACCAAACAUGUGGAAGAAGGUGCUCUGGUCAGAUGAAACCAAAAUUGAACUUUUUGGCAACAAUGCAAAACGUUAUGUUUGGCGUAAAAGCAACACAGCUAAUCACCCUGAACACACCAUCAACCACUGUCAAACAUGGUGGUGGCAGCAUCAUGGUUUGGGCCUGCUUUUCUUCAGCAGGGACAGGGAAGAUGGUUAAAAUUGAUGGGAAGAUGGAUGGAGCCAAAUACAGGACCAUUCUGGAAGAAAACCUGAUGGAGUCUGCAAAAGACCUGAGACUGGGACGGAGAUUUGUCUUCCAACAAGACAAUGAUCCAAAACAUAAAGCAAAAUCUACAAUGGAAUGGUUCAAAAAUAAACAUAUCCAGGUGUUAGAAUGGCCAAGUCAAAGUCCAGACCUGAAUCCAAUCGAGAAUCUGUGGAAAGAACUGAAAACUGCUGUUCAAAAAUGCUCUCCAUACAACCUCACUGAGCUCGAGCUGUUUUGCAAGGAGGAAUGGGAAACAAUUUCAGUCUCUCGAUGUGCAAAACUGAUAGACACCCCAAGCGACUUACAGCUGUAAUCGCAGCAAAAGGUGCCGCUACAAAGUAUUAACUUAAGGGGGCUGAAUAAUUUUGCACGCCCAACUUUUCAGGUUUUGAUUUGUUAAAAAGUUUGAAAUAUCCAAUAAAUGUCGUUCCACUUCAUGAUUGUGUCCCACUUGUUGUUGAUUCUUCACAAAAAAAUACAGUUUUAUAUCUUUAUGUUUGAAGCCUGAAAUGUGGCAAAAGGUUGCAAAGUUCAAGGGGGCCGAAUACUUUCACAAGGCACUGUAUAUUGGUCCUUGUGUAUCUGAAGAAGCUGCAGUGCUCAGAACGACCUGCAGCGGUCUCCCUCCCACUGAGAAACACUAGAUCAGUUCCUAUAGAACAGAACUGGCCAGUAUUCUAACGGCCGGUGUGGGUGCAGGCUUUUGCCCCAGCCAAGCAGUAACACACCUGAUUCAAUAUCUGGUGGAUGUUAUCAUUGGAUGCUGAUGCAACACCACACACAUCUUUAAAUGCAGUGUUAACCUACAGCAGAGUUUCCCAGUGGUGUAGUAGGAGCUACACGGAGGUAUACACCCUAAACCCCACAGAGGUUUAAACAGUGGUGUAGUAGCAGCUACACGGAGGUAUACGCCCUAAACCCCACAGAGGUUUAAACAGUGGUGUAGUAGGAGCUACACGGAGGUAUACACCCUAAACCCCACAGAGGUUUAUACAGUGGUGCAGUAGGAGCUACACGGAGGUAUACACCCUAAACCCCACAGAGAUUUAAACAGUGGUGUAGUAGCAGCUACACGGAGGUAUACGCCCUAAACCCCACAGAGGUUUAAACAGUGGUGUAGUAGGAGCUACACGGAGGUAUACACCCUAAACCCCACAGAGGUUUAUACAGUGGUGCAGUAGGUAUACGCCCUAAACCCCACAGAGGUUUAAACAGUGGUGCAGUAGGAGCUACACGGAGGUAUACACCCUAAACCCCACAGAGAUUUAAACAGUGGUGUAGUAGGAGCUACACGGAGGUAUACGCCCUAAACCCCACAGAGGUUUAAACAGUGGUGUAGUAGGAGCUACACGGAGGUAUACGCUCUAAACCCCACAGAGGUUUAUACAGUGGUGUAGUAGGAGCUACACGGAGGUAUACGCCCUAAACCCCACAGAGGUUUAAACAGUGGUGUAGUAGGAGCUACACGGAGGUAUACGCCCUAAACCCCACAGAGGUUUAAACAGUGGUGCAGUAGGUAUACGCCCUAAACCCCACAGAGGUUUAAACAGUGGUGCAGUAGGUAUACGCCCUAAACCCCACAGAGGUUUAAACAGUGGUGUAGUAGGAGCUACACGGAGGUAUACGCUCUAAACCCCACAGAGGUUUAAACAGUGGUGUAGUAGGUAUACGCCCUAAACCCCACAGAGAUUUAAACAGUGGUGUAGUAGGAGCUACACGGAGGUAUACACCCUAAACCCCACAGAGGUUUAUACAGUGGUGCAGUAGGAGCUACACGGAGGUAUACACCCUAAACCCCACAGAGGUUUAAACAGUGGUGUAGUAGGAGCUACACGGAGGUAUACGCUCUAAACCCCACAGAGGUUUAAACAGUGGUGUAGUAGGAGCUACACGGAGGUAUACGCCCUAAACCCCACAGAGGUUUAAACAGUGGUGUAGUAGGAGCUACACGGAGGUAUACGCCCUAAACCCCACAGAGGUUUAAACAGUGGUGUAGUAGGAGCUACACGGAGGUAUACACCCUAAACCCCACAGAGGUUUAAACAGUGGUGUAGUAGGAGCUACACGGAGGUAUACGCCCUAAACCCCACAGAGGUUUAAACAGUGGUGUAGUAGGAGCUACACGGAGGUAUACGCUCUAAACCCCACAGAGGUUUAAAUAAAGGUUCAGUAAAAUAAAUAUGCACAAAACCCACUUUUUGUUCAGUGGACAUUGGGUAUAGUUACUUCUUAAUUCCCACUGAUCCGUAUCCAAGUAGUGUAGUGGUGGUAUAAACGGUAUCAAGUAUGUGGUACAAUAAAGAAAGUAGCCUACACAAUCGUAAAGCACGUGUAAUAUAUUCACAUGCGCUGCACACAGCCACGUUUCAGCUGAAUAUCAUAGCAGUAAGAGCCGCAGCUGGUUGUCCCAUGGAGCAGCUCACAGCUGGUCGGGUAGGUAGGACUUGCCUAGUUAAAUAAAGGAAUAAUGAAUCAAAUCAAGAAACGAUGGGUAAGCAAACGAGUUCCUGAAACAGUUUGGUCCAAAGUCUUGGUUGAAUCUUUGCAGUGCUCAAUUCAGUCAUCAUGUGCUGUUUUGAAUGAACAUUUCCAAAUGCUUUCCCAAGGAAAACUUCCAAAUGAAAGCCGCAAUAUGUAACUUUGUGCAACCAAACAAGUUCACAUAGAAAUGUCACUGUCAUCAUUGAAAGCAAGUCUAAUAAGUGGUAGAUCUAUUCUAUGUGCACUAUUUCUAUGCUUCCCAUUCUUAAGUUUAGUUUUUGCAUCUUUUGUUUUGUACACCAGUUUCAGACGGCUGAAAAUACAAUCGUUUUGGUUAUGGAAAAUGUAUUGCAGAGGUUGAGAUUGUACAAAGAAAAUACAAUUACUUAUUGUUUUGUCACAAACUGAAAUUAGGCGAACUUUGAAUUUUAGCAACCAGGAAAUGGCGGAGCUAUUUCUGUAUAGUGCAUCUUUAAAUGUUGACUACAAAUUAGGCCUACGUGAUAUAAUUAUGAUUUGUAUCAAUCUGGAGGGCAUUUCUUUUGAAAACUCUGCAAUCACAUGUACUCUACUGUAGGCCUACAUUGUAGAGUACAGACACUGCGAGCCACAUGGUAUUUGGCUAUUUGCUUAUUUGCUUUAUUUUAAAGGGCAACCCUCCCAAAAAAAAUAUUUUAUAUUUUUACCAGACCUAAAAAAUGGUCUCCUUGUGCGGUAUAAGCAUUGAUGUGGGCUUAACAUGCAUUUGUUGUUUUUCUAUGAAAGAUUUUUCUGGCAAAAUGAUGGUGUACUCACUUCUCCAGGCAUCGCUACACCAAUGGGUUUUCCUGUAUCUGUGAGUGAUUUGAUUUGGGCCUGAAUCUCCAACAGGCUUAGGCUGUUUACGCAAUGGAUCAUCAUGUCUCACUCCCAUAGGCUGCUUCACUUGUCAAUCAUGUCUCUGCUAUCUCGCCCUGUAAUCUGUGAUAUCUCUCUCUCAAACACUCCUCUGUCUCUCAUCGUCAACUCUUUAUUUAAGUAAGAUAUUAAGCUCUACUUCUCUUAUCCUACAGUAUCUUCACCUGUCUGACAAAUCAAGCAAAUGAGAAAAUAAAACAAUCUGAAGAGAACCACACAGGGUUGAAUUGAUGAAAGCUGAAGUCAUUUAACUUAUUGACUUAUUGUAAUGAAUUGUAACAUUAUUUUAAAUGAAAUGAUUUAUUAAUGCAAAA